AUGGCCACAGCGCCCACUGUUGAUAGUCCUGCCGAUGUGUCUACCUCGCCAAACCACGAGCUUUUAAGCACUGCGCAAGAACAACAACAGCAGCAGCAGCAGCAGCAUCAUGUCGACGACUCAACAGCCCCGGCUAUGAAUGGUACAAGCAACCACGAUGAAGUCGAGAAUAAGCGCAUCACCAGCGUCGAAGACCAGACAAACUCGGCCGACGCCAGCGCCAGCGGUGGCUCGGAUACCGAAGCUUCUCGCACAGACAGCUCCAAGACGAAGGACCAUGGCCGCACUACGCCGUCCCUUAAGAAGCCUGCUACGUUCAAGGCCGUGUCCGUCAACAAGACCUUCCUCGCUUCCAAAGCACCACCCCCCGCCAGCAUCACCAAGACUAGCGACAAGAUCAAGAGCGGUUCCAAUACGCCACCUCCGGGUUCUACCUCCCUGUCCGCCGCUCGCCCACGCUUGAUUGCCAAGACCGGCAACGCACGCGACGCGGCUUCUCGCGCUGCGGCCAUGAAUGGAGGCAAGCCCGCCUCUGCCCCGGAUCCUAGUGCCGUCUGGAACAAGAACAGGCCCGUCCCAGCUCCAGACCCAAAAAAGUUGACCGAUGAUGAGCUCAAGAAAUAUGGAAUCCAUGUCGCUAGCCGCCUCGAGGAGGAAGAUACGCAAGGGCAGAACAAAUGGGCCGAUCUGGACGAUGAUGACGAGGACUGGACUCCCGAGGCUAUUACCUGGACCGACGGUACCAAGACGACCCUGCCCCAUAACGAAGAAGGUCACGGCCAUGAAGAGUCGCCAGGGGCCCAUGGCGCAGAGCCAGAUAAGGCAGGGCCACCUGCUCCCUCCCCAGCACCAGCACCAGCACCAGCACCAGCAGCCGCUGUUGCCUCCGUUACUGCCGCCCACCCGAAGCCCGCUGGUCUCCCCUCUGGUCGGGUCAUGGUCCUUAGAAGCGCUGCCCCAGAAAAGCCUUCGCUAGUGGCCAAGCCCCCGUUGCCGCAGCAGCCAGCCAAAUCUCCCUGGGCCACACUCCCCCCCGUGGAUAGGACCUCUCCGUCUAUCCCUGACCAUUCGGCUCCCUUCUUCCGCGGAGGUCCCGGGGAGCCCAUGACCCUAAGGAACAACAACCACAUGGGCUACCCGCCGCCUCCGACCAGGGAACUUGCCGCUGACGAGUUUGGUGGUCGCUCAUCGUGGCGUGAAGGAGCGUCACACGGGAACCGAGAGCUUUUCAACUCCCAAUCUGGGCGCUAUGAACCCGUCCCUGAUGGCCGCGGAGCCUUCAGGGCAGACCAGGCCAGACACACGUCGGUCUUGCAGCGGCCUUCGGCUGGUGGCGACCACCCUGCUGAACCGUCAAGCGCAUUCCAGACCCGCAGGACCAGCCACGAUGGCAGCCACUUUGCAAGGCGACGCGGGUCUUCCAACGUCAGCGGUGGGAGCGGGACCGUUUUCCAGCGCCAGGGCAAACUCCCAGACGGGUAUAUACACCCGCCUACUGACCCAGCCGGAAUUCAGAGAUCUUCUUCGCAUGCCGGAUCUGUGGCAAGCCCCGUCUCGCCAUCAGUCAUGCCAGCUUCGCACGGCAGAUACCCACACCAAGGCCAGCAUGGAUACCCCCCCGGGCCAUCACCAGGAACCACCUUUGCUAGCCUGAAUCAGGACCCGCCGGGAGGGGGUUUCCCCCAGGCCCCGGCGCCGCAGUCGAUGGACGAUAUCGAGUUCCAGAGAAACCUCAUGCGAGAGCGCACAGAACUCGCUCGUAAGCGUCGACAGGAACAGGAGGCUGCCGAGGAGGCUGCCAAGCGUGAACGCAUCCAGAAGAAACUCGAUGCUAUGGGCCCUCCGCCCAAGAAAAAGGGCGACAAGCCCGAGGCGUCCCCGACCAAGGAAGAGCUACCCAGGCCGACGCAGAUCCAGAAGAGAGUCCAUCCCGACCCCCCUAGUACACCGGCUCAGACCCACGCCCAACCUCAUGCUUCGGGUCAGGCCCAGGAUCAGGUCCCCGCUCAGGGUCCUUUGUCCUCGGGAGAGCCUGUAGACGGAGUAGACGGAAAGGCCGGUCCACGCCACGCGGACAAUGGCCUGCCUCAUUACUCGGCCCCGAGACGUGCCUCCCACGGCCAGGAGUCACGACAGCCCCUCUGGGCUGGUGGCCGCUCUGACCGCCUCGGCGGUUGGGUUCCCGGCGCCCCAGCGCCUAUCCGCAGUGUGUGGGGGUCCCCCAACAACGACCGCGGCCUCGGCAACGGUACAUUUAACCCUGACCUAGGUCGUAUACCGGGCUCGCAACCUGAGCCCCAGGGGCAGGCUCAGCCGGGCAAGGGGCCGGCACCCAUCGGCCCGCCUGUCGCUCCUCCAGCAGAGUCGCCCCGAAGCCGUCCCGCGCAGCCGCCGCCACCUGGGCUGAUUGGAUCGCGCCCGUCUCGCUACACGGCGCCGGGUUCGGACCUCCUCUCUUCCAGCAGGUGGGCCAACUCGGUCAUUGAGAGCGAUAAGAGGCUGGCUGCUGAGCGAACCGCCACCGACCGUUCUACAUCGCUCGAGGACACUCAGCCAUCCAUCAAGGAUAAAUGGCGCCCCGUCUCCGUCGCCGGCGACGGCUCGAGGCUCGCCAUGGGCGGUAGCGGUGUUCCGGCGGCUGGAGGAGAGCUUCCUGCACACACACCUGCAACCCACACCGGUGUCAUCGGCUCAGGCACUGCCAAUAGCUCUAUCCUGUCGCAACCAGGACAGGGCCCGUCUUCACAGGCAAGGACAUCUCGCUUCUUCCCCUCUAGGGAUGCCAGAGUCGAUGGCAUGACUACCCACUCGUCUCGGUCCGCUUCCCCGACGCCGCCUCCUCCAACCUUGGAAGGCCACCCGGUCUACGAUGGGAGCACCGUUCACCCUCACGUGUCGCUUCCUAGGCCUCAUCCUGUCGUCAAGCUCCCUCCCUCCGUGGCUCAACCGCAACCGCCUCGCCAGCAGCCUCAACAGGCGCAUGUUCGCCCUGCUCCGCUGGCUUGGGCGACCCAGACGCCUUACACAGGUGGCACGGCGUCAUCUCAGCAGCAGCAGCCGAAUAAGCAGUCCCGUCUAUCUGGCGAGAAGGCGGCGACGCAGAGGGAUUGGCAGAAGAGGAUCGAUACACUGCUCAACAACGACAACAAGCACGCGUCGCCCAAGCCCAUGGUUGUCGACGCCUCGAGCAAGAGUGCGCUGGAUCAAGCUCUGGUCGAAGAUGCAGCCACCGUGUCCCUGCCCACCCCGCUACUGCUCUCUGACGGCGUCGUCCCCGCUGCCCUGGUCCAGGACAGCUCAUCCAAACCCCUGGCUGAGGAAUGCUUCAACGAGCCCGAGAUUGGCUCGCUGCCCCUCGUCAAGCUGCCGCAUAUCGUCCCCGACGCUGCCUGGCAGCCAGCAGAGGUGCCUGCCAAGUCUCUGCCCAAGAGGUUCGUCGUCCAGGCUGCCGCUGCGGAGCCUUUCCACUUCGUCAUCGAGUCGGGCAACAGUGUCGGCGCUGUGAGGAUUCACCUGCCCGGUAUGGGACCGGCCAAGACUAUUUCAGGAUUCUUCCAGUCGUCUAGCAGCCGAGGGAGUCGAAGCGGAGGAGGUGGCGGCAUCGGUGGCCAUGGAAAAUCCAGCAGAGGCCACCGUAGUACCCACCGCAACAGCGAAAAGACGGACCCGAGCUCUCACCCUCACCCUCAGCGUGAGACUGCGCCUGCAACCCCUUCGUCCAACAACAACAACAACAACAACAACAACAACAACAACAACAAUAACAACAGCAGCAGCAGCAACAACCACGGUAGCGGCAGCAAUGGCCAGAGUCAUAACCACAGCGGACGUCGUGCACGCGGAGGCAACCGCAAGACGUCCGAGAACUGGAACAACCGCCGCGCCCAGAACCAGUCCUCCACACAGGCAUAG